UUAGUAUUAAGUAUAGAAAUCUUUUGGUACAAGGAAAGUGAUUUUAAAUUGUUCAUAUUUAUUUUAAAAUUGUACAAUAUUGUUCAAUUGAAUAAUAUAUUCCUUCAUGUCAGCCGUAAAAAUGAAGAUUCCAGAAGACAAUAUUACAACAUAUCUGACAAUGCGAAGUCACUUUAAAAAGAUAUAUGAUGUAAGACCUAGGGUAAACUGUUGGUCAGAAGCUUGUCCAAGUAAAAGAUUAUUAAAAAACACUAUCAAUAUUCGUGAUUUUCAAGUUUUGCCGCAUUACUGUAAUUCAACUAUCAGUUCUUCGGCAAAAAAAUCUAAGCAACAAAAGUAUGAUAGUAAUAAGUUAUCUCGCUCACCAUCAAGUAAAAAGAAAACCAUAAAUAGAAACUUAAGUUAUGAAUGUGCAUAUAAUGAUGACGAUUUCGGGUUUGGGCCGGUUGAAAAUAAUAAUCGAACAUAUUAUUCGCCAGAAACCCACCAUCCUCAUCUUUCAGAAAACGCACAUAAGACAAUAAGAAGCCAGCAACAUAAUCCAUUACAAUCAGAUCAUCCAAAAGAAACGACCAAAAAAAAAAAUAAGUUUUUUCAAAAUACAAUGGAUGAGUCGUACCAACGAUUUCUUGAAGAAAUGACAAAUGAAGUAGUAAGACUUGACCUGUCAACAGAUAAAGCAUUAAAAAAUGUAUUUCGUAAACAUAUAAAACACAAUAUUGGAAAGCUUGAUGAGAAAAAAAUGAUGGCAGAAGUGAUGAAAGUACAAGCAUUAUUAGAUUUACCAUUGGACAAUGAUGAUCGAUAUUCAGGAAUUGAUGACAUACCCACACUUUCAACAAAUGAUGCAACUAAUCAAAAUAAUCUACCAGCUGCACUAAAAUCUGUAAAAUAGUUUUUAAAUUAUCAAAAUCUUUAAAAUAAUGUGUAAAUUUUUUUAUUUUUUUUUAUGCUUAAAAAGCACAAGAUUGUAUGCUUAACUAUCAGAUAAUUAAUUAUAGGUAGAUACACUGUUUUUAUUAUUUGAAAUUUAUUUCUAAAUUAUAAGUAAUCAUAAUUAUAGCUAGGUAUAUGUAAUAAUAUUAUAAUUGCGUAUUAGAAUUUAGAAGAACCAUAGAAGUUAAAACACAUACUUAAGAACAUUUUUCAAAAUCUCACUGUGUGGUGUGCGUGUGCCUGUGUAAUAAGAGCUAUCAACUUUUGAUUGUUAAAUGACAAUUGCCAUGUUAAAUUUUGAGCAAAUUAACGAUAAUAUAUUAGUUUUACUAUAA